UCCACGUAAGUGGAUGAGUUGUGGGGAUUUAUUGGAUGGGUGGAAAGAAGAAAAAGUCGGCGGGUCAAGCCCCGGCGGUGGCAGCCGAACGCAGGAAUGGAGCAGCUUCAGGUUCUGCAGUGACCGGUUCUGGAGAGGAGACGACGAAGCAGAAUGCCACCAACAAACCGCAGAAAUCAUCAAAGGAGAGCAAAUCUAAAGCAGCUCCCAAAACCUACAGUUUAACCAACACAGCCCAGGUGGAGAAAAGUGGAGUGUCAGAAAAGUCCAUUCUUACAGUUUGCAUUCAAGCUGAUCUGGAAAAGAAGAUCAUUAAGCUGAUCAAUGACUUCAGACAGGAGAAUGGAGAUAAAGGGCCCAUAUCUGGCAGGCUUACAACCAAAAAACUGCUGGACUUGUACACGGCUCUCCAGAAGUUCAACUUCAAGAGGGAACACAUCGAAGAGGCAAUGAAAAGUAGUGUCCUGUACGGAGGCGAUCUGCAUUCCGCCCUCGACUGGCUCUGCCUCAACCUUAAAGAUGAUGAGUUACCUGAUGGUUUCAGCCAGCAGCUGCAGGAGGAGAGCCAGAAGAAUCGCCCUAAAUUCCAGCCUGCCCUCCAGGAGAAACCUGCAGUUCAAACCCCCAAAAUGCCCACCAACACCCACAAAGACACUCACAAGGCCACAGAAAAGGAUGAAGCUGCAACUGUCAAGGACUGGAUCUUAAGGUACGCAGAGCAAAGCAGUGAGGAUGAAGAGGAGGAGGAAGAAGAUGGAGCGAAGAAGAGCGUUAAUCCUGAGCUUGAAGAAAAGUUUGAUCCUAAUGACAGGUACUUGAUUCUCACAGCACAGUUGUAUGACACUAAAGAAAUGGCGUCGGCUGCUAAGACCAAAGCGGACAAAGCGGGUCAGAGGAUGGCACAGGACAGAAUACGCAUCAUUCAACAAGAAAUGAAACAACUGGAGUCCCAUCCGAUGUUCAAUCCAGCCAUAAAAGUGGUAGAAGCUCCUCAAAGCGAGAAAAAGAAAACUCCAGUCAUUGAGGAGAAAGAAGAUCUCAGCUUCAGUUUGUUUGAGCGAGCAGAGAAAGAGAAAGGCCCUCCUGCAGAGAAAGUUGUGAAAAAGAACGAACCGAAAGACAUCAGAAACUUUGACUACACAGCUCGGAGCUGGACGGGAAAGUCUCCCAAACAGUUCCUCAUCGACUGGGUGCGAAAGAACCUUCCCAAAAGUCCCCCGCCAGCUUUUCACAAAGUUCCUGCUGGCAGAUACUGGAGAUGCAAGGUGCGUGUCCAGAGAGCAGAAGAUGUUCUGGAAGUUUGUCCAAGUAUCUUGACUGAAGACAGCAUGCAGGCUCAACAUCUGGGUGCCACCUUGGCGCUCUACAACCUGGUGAAAGGACAAUCGGUGCACCAGCUCCUCCCUCCCACCUACAGAGACGUGUGGCUGGAGUGGAGAGACAGCGAGCAGCAGCAGCAGCAGGAGAGCCGCACCGCCGCCAACAAACCGCGGGACCAGUUCAUCUCCCGGCUCCUGACCAGACUCAAGCAGGAGCAGCAGAACCAGAGCCGAGGGCAGCAGCAGCAGGCUGCAUCCCCAGCACAGAGCGGAGAAGAGGAGCCUGAGGAAUCCUGGGAGAACCUGGAUAGUCUUGAUAUCAGAGAUGGAAGUGAGGACAUUGAAGACAAGAAUAAGAAAAGUCCAGGGAAACGGGGAGGAGAAGCAGGCCUUCAUGCAGCCAGAGAGCUCCUUUUGGAGUUGAGGAAGUCUCCUUUAUCCUCCAAACUGCAGGCAGAGCGAGAGCAGCUUCCAGUUUUCCAACAUCGACAUCAAGUCCUGGAGGCCUUGCAGCGCCAUCCGGUGGUGGUAGUGGCGGGUGAGACGGGCAGUGGGAAGAGCACACAGAUCCCUCAGUUUCUCCUGGAGGAGCUGCUGACCGGAGGAAAAACGGCUCAGCCCUGCAACAUCGUGGUGACUCAGCCUCGCAGGAUCUCAGCCGUUAGUCUGGCCUGCAGAGUGAGCCAGGAGCUGGGCUGUGAAGACGGGCCGGGAGCUAAGUCGUCAUUGUGCGGAUACCAGAUCCGGAUGGAGAACCAGUCGGGGGAGUGGACCCGCCUGUUGUACUGCACGACUGGAGUUCUGCUCAGGAAGCUCCAGCAUGACCGACACCUCAGCUCCCUGACCCAUAUCAUUGUGGAUGAGGUCCACGAACGGAGCGUCCAGUCCGACUUCCUGCUGACCAUCCUGAAAGAUGUUGUGAUGAGGAGAUCUGACCUGCAGCUGAUCCUCAUGAGCGCUACGGUGGACUGCCACAAGUUCUCCAGCUACUUCAACCGCUGCCCAGUGAUCAACAUUCCAGGCAGGACUUUCCCGGUGGAGGUGUCUCACUUGGAGGACAUUGUUGAACAGACAGGUUAUGUUCUAGAGAAGGACUCUGAGUACAGCCAGAGAAUCCUAGAAGAGGAAGAAGAAGUCGUCUCAGUCGCCGUCACUCAAAAAGGUGGCAAGACUUUGCAACACCAGGAAGCGAUUGUUAGAGACGCCCCCUCCGGCUGGGACCUUGGUCGAGACCUCGACCACUUCAGCAGCAGGACUCGGCAGGUGCUUCAAUACAUGAACCCCAAUAAAAUCAACAUGGACCUGCUUGUUGAGCUUUUGGAGUACCUAGAGAAAUCGCCACAGUUUGCAGAUGUGGAUGGAGCAGUUCUGGUCUUCCUCCCGGGUCUGGCUCACAUCCAGCAGCUGCAUGACCUCAUCUCCUCUAAUAAAAGGUUCCGAGACAAAAACAGGUACAGGAUUGUUGCUCUUCAUUCCACUCUGUCUUCAAAGGACCAGGCUGCUGCCUUCACAGUGCCCCCUGCUGGAGUUAGAAAGAUUGUCCUGUCAACCAACAUUGCUGAGACAGGCGUGACUAUUCCUGAUGUUGUGUUUGUUAUUGACACUGGAAAGACCAAAGAAAACAAGUACCAUGAGAGCAGUCAGAUGAGCUCCCUAGUGGAGACGUUUGUCUCCAAAGCCAGCGCCCUCCAGAGGCAGGGGAGAGCAGGACGCGUCCGCAGCGGCUUCUGCUUCAGGCUUUACCCCAAAUACAGGUUUGAUGCUUUCAUGGAUUACUCCAUUCCCGAGAUCCUGCGAGUCCCACUGGAAGAACUCUGUCUUCACAUAAUGAAAUGCCAAUACGGUUCCCCAGAGGACUUCUUGAGCCGAGCUCUGGAUGCUCCUCAGCCUCAGUCGGUCAGUAAUGCCGUCAACCUCCUCAGAAAGAUCGGUGCGUGCCACCCCGACGAUCACACCCUCACCCCUCUGGGGCACCACCUGGCAAGCCUUCCUGUCAAUGUCAAGAUCGGGAAGAUGCUCAUCUACGGAGCCAUCCUCGGUUGUCUGGAGCCCAUCGCAACCAUCGCAGCAGCCAUGACGGAGAAAUCUCCUUUCUCUACACCCAUGAACAGAAAGGAUGAAGCUAACCUGGCUAAAGCUGCUCUGGCAGUCGCCAACUCCGAUCACCUCACCAUUUACAAUGCAUAUUUAGGGUGGAAAACUGUUCAGGCUGAAGGCCUGAAAGCUGAGAUGACUUACUGCAGGAAACACUUCCUCAAUCGGACAGCUUUAAUCACAAUAGAGGAUGUAAAGCAUGAGCUGACGAAGAUGAUGGAGCAAGCUGGGUUUUGGUCAUCCCGCCCCUCUCGCGUCAAACAGCAGACGGCCUCCCUGUCGAAGCAGCAGAUCUCCGUUCUGAACGCGGCGCUGACGGCGGGGCUGUACGACAGCGUGGCCCGCAUUCUCUGCACGCCCUCCGUGGAUGUGCUGGAGCGGAUCGCCUGCACGGUGGAGACGCCUCAGGGCAAAGCUCAGGUCCACCCUUCAUCUGUCAACCGCAGCUUGCAGACGCACGGCUGGCUGCUUUACCAGGAGAAGGUGAAAUACGGUAAGAUCUACCUGCGAGACACCACUUUGAUCUCUCCUUUCCCCAUGCUGCUGUUUGGAGGCGACAUCGAUAUUCAGCACAGAGAGAAGCUCAUCACUUUAGAUGGAUGGAUCAACUUCCAGGCUCCGGUACGGAUUGGCGUGAUCUUCAAGCAUUUGAGGAAACUGAUGGACUCUCUGCUGGAAAAGAAGCUGGAAAACCCCAGAAUGAACCUUGAAGGAGAUACAACCAUCCAUCUGAUUCUGGAUCUGAUUCGGUCUGAACACACGACUGAACGCUGAGUCAGCGCUGGAAUGAAGAUUCCCUGUUUAUCCGGCUGAGCUUCCAUGCUGUGAAGAGCUUCUGAUGAACUUACAGAUGAGCUUCACCAAGUAAUUACAGCAAAGAACUGAACACCAGGAACUCUUUCAUCAUCUUAAGGACUAUACCUCAUAAAGACUCAAUAAAACAGAAUCAUGAUGUGCUCUAACUGUGGUUAAAACACUCAUCUUUUAUUUGCUCAUUAUGUUGUUAAUUACAAUGAAAGAAAAUCUAUUGUUUGAUAUUGUAAA